AUGUUGACCACAACGCGUCUCUCCAUGUCCACUGUCUACGAUCUGCUCUUCGCGGACGACUACGCGCCCAACACCGCGACAGAUGCAGACACCGAACGUAACAUGAAUCUCUUGGCCUUCGACUGCGUCAACUUUGGGUUGACCAGCAACACGGACAAGACGGCGGUCAUGCAUUCGCCGCAACCAAAUGCUGCAUACGGUGCUCCUCGCACCCACGUCAACAGCACCACACUGAAACCCACGGACAACUUCGUAUAUUUAGGCAGCACAUGCUCACGCUGCACCAAAGUCGAAGAUGAAGAGAUUCACCGGAUCUCGAAAGUCAGCUAG